GGUCCAUAUUAGAUGAAUUGUCAGACCGCGCUGAUCGGUUUGUAUUUUGUGAUUGGUAUAUUCCUCGUUCUGUGGGAGACAGACCCGUUCAGACACUGAGGGAGAGCAGAGAGGAGAUCUGAAGAGCAGAAAGGACACAUUCACUGAGGAGACGGUCAGAGCGAGUGACUAGAGCACUAGAGCCGUGCUGCACAUCCCACUGACAAGACCUGAAGACUGCCUUAUCCUAGUGAGAGCCAGGCAACAAAGAUGGAGUCUGUUUACAUUAAACAGGAGGAAGUUCUGGAAUUGGUACCUGUCUGUAUUAAACAGGAGAUGCCUGAACUGGAGCCUGUCCACAUUAAAGAAGAGACUGAACUGGAGCCUGUCCACAUGAAAGAAGAGACUGAACUGGAGCCUGUCCACAUUAAAGAAGAGACUGAACUGGAGCCUGUCCACAUUAAAGAAGAGACUGAACUGGAGCCUGUCCACAUUAAAGAAGAGACUGAACUGGAGCCUGUCCACAUGAAAGAAGAAGAGACUGAACUGGAGCCUGUCCACAUUAAAGAAGAAGAGACUGAACUGGAGCCUGUCCACAUGAAAGAAGAGGAGACUGAACUGGAGCCUGUCCACAUUAAAGAAGAAACUGAACUGGAGCCUGUCCACAUUAAAGAAAAAGAGACUGAACUGGAGCCUGUCCACAUUAAAGAAGAAGACACUGAACUGGAGCCUGUCCACAUUAAAGAAGACACUGAACUGGAGCCUGUCCACAUUAAAGAGGAAUCAAUUGACUUUAAGGAUUCAGAACACAUAUCCCGGUCAGAGAUACCACAUCAAUGUUCUGAAUGUGGGAAGAGCAUCAGUCAGUUAGGAAACCUAAAAAGACACCAGCGAAUUCACACUGGAGAGAAGCCAUAUCAAUGUACUGAAUGUGGGGAGAGUUUUAGUCGGUUAGGAAACCUAAAAACACACCUGCGAAUUCACACUGGAGAGAAGCCAUAUCAAUGUACUGAAUGUGGGGAGAGUUUCAGAGUAUCGGGACACCUAAAAAUACACCAACGAAUUCAUACAAAACAGAAGCCGUAUUGCUGUACUGAAUGUGGAAAGAGCUUCAGUCAGUCAGGAAGCCUAAAAACACACACACAAAUUCAUACAGGACAGAAGCCAUAUCAAUGUGCUGAAUGUGGGGAGAGUUUCAGAGUAUCGGGACACCUAAAAAUACACCAACGAAUUCAUACAGGAGAGAAGCUGCAUUGCUGUACUGAAUGUGGAAAGAGCUUCACUCGGUCAGGAAACCUAAAAACACACACACGAAUUCAUACAGGAGAGAAGCCAUAUCCCUGUACUCAAUGUGGGAAAAGCUUCAGUCGGUUAGGAGACCUAAAAAAACACCAGCAAAUUCACACUGGAGAGAAGCCGUAUCACUGUACUGAAUGUGGGCAGUACUUCAGUCGGUUAGGCAGUCUAAAAAGACACCAGCGAAUUCACACUGGAGAGAAGCCGUAUCACUGUACUGACUGUGGGAGCAGUUUCCGUCAGUUAGGAAACUUAAAGAAACACCAGAGAAUUCACACUGGAGCCAGCCAUCCUUCCCCCCCUCCCAGUCCCUCACCUCUCCACCCUGCUUGUUUGAGUGUGUGGAGAGCUGACUGAUUCCUUGUCUCUCUCUCACCCUGCAGUAAAUGAAGUGGGUCCCCAGGAGUGAGAGCCAGUCUGAAUCCAGAGACACUGAGAAGGGGAGCAUGUCAAACUGAUGGAGACAGACCCAUUCUUUCAGAAUGAACUGGAGAGUCCUGGGAUUCAGCUCCACUUCUGCCCCUGAAUUGGAAAUGAAUCUCACUCAUCAUGCUGUGAGGAUUUAGGACAGAGUUACAGGGUCAUUCUACUUAGAAGGGACACAUUGGAAAUAUAUGCCAAGCUUUUUCUCUGGACACAUAUAUGUGUGAUAGCUGUAUAAAUAUACUGUAAAACAUGAAAGAUUUGCAAGCAAACAAUGUUCACUCAUUUUACAUCUGUUACAAAUCUGCAAAACAUACAUUCUGCAACAUUACCAUUAUUACUACAUUCAUAGUUUAUACAGUUUAUGAAUAAUUGAUCUAAACAAUCUGCAGAAUGAAGUUUCCUCAGACUGUUUGACAGUAACAGGUCUAGUGCUUUUGUGGAAUCACCAUUAGCUGUUUAUUCCUUUUGGGCAAAAUCUGGCUUGUUUGCUUGUAUUGUGUAUUGGUAUGCUAUCAUAAGAGUGACAAUACAGUAUAUCCUAAGGCAGGCUUAGUUAUUUAGAAAGGAUUGCAUUGACAUUGAGUUUGAGUUCCUGUACGUUUUCCAGUGUCUCUGUGUGUAUAAAGGGUGUGUGAGAAAUUCAUAGUUGUAAUUUAAUGUACUUUGUAAAAUGACAUUUCAAAUCUUAAACAAUGAAACUUCAGAUGCUAUGAUGUUAAUUAAGUUUGUCUUCCCCCUUCCUUCCUUCCCCCUUAACAUUCUCUAGAUCUACUUCAAAGGACUAGAUAUUAGUAACAGAGGGUUGUAAAGAUCUACAUUGGAGAAUAGUUUAGAUUCCCUGCUGUGCUGACCUGCCCGUCUGGUAUAAACAAACAGAGCUGAUUCUUAUCUUUUAAUUAAGAAUAUCUGUCUGAAAGCCAAUGUACAACUAACUUUCUUAAGAAGUGUGACACUUGCUGGACACAAGCUGUCAUAACUCUCCCAUUAAAUUAAUUGUUAUCAUGAAACCUUGAACAUUUAAGUGAAUAUAAUUCCUAAUUUUCUUAUCUAAAAGUGAAUUGAAAAACAAACCUUUAUGAGGGUAUAAUAUUAACUUGUUUAACAAUGACUGUAGACGGGAGCUCCCAGGGGGCGGCUCCCGAGUCAGCGCAGGGGUGGUAGCGGUGAGCUGAGCCUAAAAAAAAUUGCAUAUGCAAAAUUGGGAGAAAAUAAUAAAAUAAUUGGUGACGACUAAAUUUAGAAAAGAAAAAAAAAAUACUGAUAAAUUGGUUUUAUUAUCAUUUUAAUAACUAAUGUUGUGGAUGCAAAUUUAAAGAGAGUUGUUUUAAAGAGGUUUUCCCAUUAAAUAUAUAUAUAUAUAUAUAUAUAUGUAUGUUUAUUGUGUUUUAAUUAAGUUUAAACUGAAAAUAAUUCUUCAAUGAUUCUGCUUUACUUGUUGUUUAACAUGCUUGCAGUGGUCAUUUUAGUUAGGAGAAUGAAGCAGAUUUUUUUUUUAUGCUGUGAUCAAUAUAACUAAAAUUUGAACUAAAUGAACUGAACGUGAAACAGAAAUGCCGUCUUCAUCCCAACCCACACAACAGACGCUGCUUUACACAGUCACUGUAUGCACUGUGUGUGAGUCCUGCGUGCACGUAACCAUAGGGAAGCCUGUGUGCUUAUGAAAAUGUGUGUUGAAAUGUGUUACUCCUGCUUGUGUCUGUACUUCUAAUUCUGGUACCAUGAUUUCAAACUUUUAGAUUGUUCUUACUUUU